AUGAACUUGGUUAUUUCAAUAUUAUUUUUUAUUUUUUCAAUCAUAUAUAUAACAUUUUGUGUGCAUGAAUAUUAUAAAUAUUUAUGUCAAUUAAAUUAUGAUUAUCCAUUUCAAGAUCCAACAUUACCAAUUGAUAUAAGAUUAGAUAAUCUUAUGUCACUAUUAACCUUAGAAGAAAAGAUCAAUAUGUUAUGGAUGGAUGGAACAACAUCAGAUGGAGAAUUACCUAAUUUAGCUGUUCCACGUUUAAAUAUUCGUGGAUAUACUUGGAUGGGACAAGGAUAUGUUUAUCGAUCAGCAUCAAAUGGCUGUAAUAUUAAUUGUUAUAGUCCUGUAAUUGAUGGAAAUGUUUCUGUAUUACCACAAGGUACAGGAAUUGCUUCAACAUGGAAUAAAAAUUUAAUUUUUCAAUCUGGUAUUAUGAUUAGUGAUGAAUCUAUGGCAAUACAUUAUAAUUAUAAAAAUCGUAGUAUUGAUUAUAAAACUGGUGCAUCAAGUGUUAUUAAUAUUGCUAGAGAUCCAAGAUGGGGAAGAGUACCAGAAACAUAUGGUAAAUAA